AUGUCCUCACCACCAGAUAUAGAUCCAUAUGCAGUGCUUGGUGUUGCCAAGGAGGCCACCAUCCCUGAAAUCAGGGCCGCCCAUCGAAAGCGGGUUCUCAAGUGCCAUCCAGACAAGAUUCAAGAUGAGUCGCAGCGAAUUGCUGCCCAAGAUGAAUUCCAGAAAGUCCAACAGGCAUAUGAACUGCUUUCAGACGAGGUCCGACGGACUAAACAUGACCAAAAAGUCAAGAUAGCCGAGUUGAAGCGUGAACUGCUGGAACGGAGACGAACAGAAUCUACGUACAACUCUUCACGGGGAAGUGGAUCCGGCAGUCGCGAAUUCCGCAAUGGCCACAUCGUGGAGGAGAGGGUCCCGAUGGAGGUCUUCUUCGAGGAGACAAUGCGAUUCACGGACGAACCACGCUCCAUGUCAUCUCGCAAAUACGAAGAGUUUGGCGCGCACCCAAAGUCAAAACCGACAGAAGAGAAGAAAAAGACUCGGGCACCGACGAGCAUGUAUCACCAAGCGAAGGAAAUGCGGGAUACAGCCAAAGCGACACAUUCCGACCGUGCGAAGACACGCGAUCAGGAGCGACGACGACAGACCGAGGAAAAGUACAGUAUCUUUGAAUCUCAUGCCGAAUCCGACGAGGAGGCAUCUGAUUCCAGUGCUCCCCGCUAUGUUCACAAGCGAACUUCAACAACGCCCCGCCGAGAGCGUGAUUCGCGAUCCCGACCAUCGGAAUCCUCUCGUCGCCGUGCACGCUGCUACGACGAAGAUGGCGAUUUGUCCGAUCACUGGCAAUCAAAGAUCGAUAGUCAGUACUUGAAUGCAGAGGAUUAUAUCGCAUCCAAAGCCCGAAGUUCCAAGUCCCCACGACGGUACCAUGGUCACGAUUCGGCGGAACCAGAGUCCUCCAGUUCACGAUCCGCAGGACGGUCCACCCGCACCCGCCGUCGUUCUUCGUCGCGCGACAAUUCCUACGAGCAUCUUGAGUCGCCCCGAGCCUAUGAGGUCAAGCCUCCCAAGAUGCAAUCCUCGGCAACCUCCCCGGGUAUCAAGGCAUCUCUCCGCCCAUCGUUCCUCAACACCCGCUCCGCAACCAACGCUGGCUUCACCCGCCCAAAGCGGGAGAGUCGCGACUCCACACUAUACGAAAUGGCCCACGAGCCACUACCAUCACGAACUUCCAAGAUGCGCGAUCGCAACGACUCGGGCUACUCCAGUCCCGGUACUCCUGAAAUGCUCCCAAGGGGCACUUCUCCCAAGACCCGCUACAAGAUUGUCAAGGAACCAGACCACGUGGUUGUAGAACCAAAGUCAUCAAAUACCUUCCAAACCUACACCACGGAAGCCUCGCCUCGGGUUGAGACUCGGUCUGCGCGCCCUUCUUCUCGCCCCUAUCCGGACGUCGAGUAUAUCGCCAAUCCGAAAGACAAGGACAUCAAGUACGCCCGGGCAUACAAGCACGAUGAUAUUAAUUUCUCGCCGAGACGCGCCUAUUACCCCGACGAGGAAUAUCGUCCUCCUGCUGUGGGCAGACGUCAGUCUGCCUAUUAA